AUGGGCUACGGAGUGCAGAGGUUUGUGACAACACCGGAUCAAAAUUUGCUGUGUGGUAUUUGUAGCUGCGUUGUUGAAGAUGCCGUGUUAACGCGAUGUGGACAUACAUUUUGUGAACUAUGUUUGGAUACAUGGCUAACCCGUCCGAAUACCGAUACAUGUCCGUGCUGUCGUGGCCGGAUUAGUAAAUAUCAGGUCAGUCCUGUAUGGUCGCUUCGUGCUAUAGUCAAUAGCCUGGAUAUCGAGUGUGAUCACAAAGAACGAGGCUGUAAGAUGGUAGUGCGAAUGGAAAGCCUCAGCGCUCACCUGGAAUCAUGUGGAUAUGCCCCAGUCGAGUGCAUUGGAUGUGGGAUGGGUCUCAAUCGAUACCAACUUGCUGCACAUCAAAUACAAUGCCCAGAAAUUACUGCUGCAGCAGCCGUGCAUACUGCUUCUGCAAUGAGUUCGGACGGUGUGGCUAGCUUCAGAUCGAUUGACUACCAGGAGCUAUUCUGUAAAAUCGCAUCUCUUGAGCUGCAGUUAAAAAGAAUGAAGAGAGAUCUUGAAGCGACGGAGACCAAGAAUAGGAAACUGGAAAGAGAGCUCUCCAAAGUAAAAGCCGAUUUAGAUGAGAAGAGAGACGAGUGUGAAGUAUUGAGUUCUCAGAUGCACGAUUUCGAUCCCGAGUAUACCUACGGAUACGCUCCUGAAAGCAUCGCGCAAUUAUCUUUUUUAAUUGCCCGUAAUUUAUUAGAUAAACCUGAAGUUGUGGAUAGAAAUCGCAUUUUUAACUGCAUCAAGCGGUGUUAUGAGAAUUACGCUCGUUGUGGAGAUGACUACGAGCACGAUGUACACAUGCUGAUUGCAACGGCUUACGCCAGUGACUGGUUCGCCGAGAAUCACCGUAUUAACUUUCACUGCUGGCUGCAGAGCAUCGCCAGAUAUCGCAAAUACGCUGAUCUCAAUCAUAUGAGCAUGACAACGAGAACAUCGAAUAAUUAG